AUGGGAUACCAGCCAUACCAAUCCCAGAUCUCGAGUUUUGAGGCUGAGAUGCGCCGGAGAGCGUGGCUUUUACUGCUGGUCAUUGACUCUGUAGUCUCCGGGCAGACGGGGCUUCCUCGAGUGAUCUACCCAGGGGUAGGGGAUGUGACUCGCCCGCGCAAUCUCCUGGACGAAGACUUCGGCCCCAAUACUGAUGUUCUUCCACCUUCUCGUCCUGAAAAUCAAAUUGACAGCAGCAUCACGUACCUGUUGGCGAUGGAGCAAAUGCUGGCUAUCACCGGUGAAGUAACGGACGCAGCUUCAGGGUUCACCUUGGGACCCCAAGAGGACGCUCGAACUGAACCAGCAAUCAGAAAAGAUCCGAGAUCAGUUGCCUCGAGCCUUUCACAUGCCGUCGCCCAAAGCGAUCAUUGCGGAUGA